UUCUUCCGUGUUCCCAGUUCUUCUGAACGCGGCAUCAGGUAGAGAUGGCGUCCCUUUUGCAGCCUGACAGGGUUCUCUACCUAGUUCAUGGAGAGAAAAAGAUCCGAUCGCCGUUGUCGACACUUUAUUUUUGCCGGUAUUGCAGUGAAUUGCGUUCCCUAGAAUGUGUGUCUCACGAGGUGGACUCACAUUACUGUCCAAGCUGCCUGGAGAAUAUGCCUUCAGCAGAGGCAAAGCUGAAGAAGAACAGGUGUGCCAACUGCUUCGACUGCCCAUGCUGCAUGCACACCCUGUCCACCCGGGCCACCAACAUCCCAGCCCCUCUUCCUGACGACCCCAGCAAGACGGCCAUGAAGAAGGCCUAUUACCUGGCCUGUGGCUUCUGUCGCUGGACAUCCAGAGAUGUGGGCAUGGCUGACAAGUCUGUGGCCAGUGGAGGAUGGCAGGAGCCGGACAAUCCUCAUACUCAACGGAUCAAUAAACUGAUAGAGUAUUACCAGCAGCUGGCCCAGAGGGAGAAACUGGAGAGGGACAGGAAGAAGCUGGCCAGGAGACGACCCUAUAUGCCACUGGCCUUCUCGCAACACACUAUUCAUGUGGUGGAGAAGUAUGGUCUGGGUACCAGACUACAGAGACAGAGACCUGGAGCUCCUAUCACCAGUCUGGCUGGUCUUUCUCUGAAGGAAGGUGAAGACCAGAAGGAGAUUAACAUAGAACCAGCUCAGGCCUUAGAUGAAGUGGAGCCACUGCCUGAAGACUGCUACAACAGACCCAUCAACCUACCUGAGGUGACCACCUUGCGUCAGCGGCUGCUCCAGCCUGACUUCCAGCCUGCCGGAGCCUCUCAGCUCCACCCCAAACACAAACACCUGCUCAUCAAGCGCUCUCUGCGAUGCAGGAAAUGUGAACACAAUCUGAGCAAGCCAGAAUUUAACCCAACUUCAAUCAAGUUCAAAAUCCAGCUGGUGGCUGUGAGUUACAUCCCUGAAGUCAGAAUAAUGUCCAUUCCAAACCUGCGCUUCCAGAAGGAGUGCCAGGUGCUGCUCACCCUGACCAACCCAGUGGAGAAUAUUACCCACGUCACCCUGGUGGGCUGUGAGGAGGGAGACCCGGAGGACAUCAACACCACUGCUAAGGUGAUGGUUCCUACCAAGGAGUUGGUCCUGGCAGGGAAGGAUGCAGCGGCAGAAUACGACGAGUUGGCUGAGCCUCAGGACUUCCAGGACGACCCAGACGUGGUGGCCUUCAGGAAGUCCAAUAAGAUUGGUUUCUUCAUCAAGGUGGUCCCUCAGUGCGAGGAGGACGGGGAUGUCACGGUGUCCUUCAAGAUCCGCCACGACUUCCGCAACUUGGCGGCUCCCAUAAGGCCGAGCGAGGACGGCGAUGCCCCCACCGAGGCCAUCUGGCUGACACACCACGUAGAGCUCAGCCUGGGGCCGAUCAUAGCGUGAAGAGCUUACACACACACACCGAAUACAUAUCUUUUACACACACACACACACACACACACAUAAGCAGAAACUCAAAAUACACAUAUACUAAGUAUACUAAACAUAAAGCUCUUUCCAUGACAGACUGACCAGGUGAAUCCUUCGAAAGCUAUGAUCCCUUAUUGACUUCAGUCAGUGUAGAUGAAGGGGAGGAGAUGGGUUUAAAGAAGUAUUUUCAAGCCUCGAGACAUGGAUUGUGUAUGUGUGACAUUCAGAGGGGGAAUGGGCAAGACAAAAGAUUUUGAAGUGCCUUUUGAACGGGGCAUGGUGGUAGGUGCCAGGCGCACCGGUUUGACUGUGUCAUCAAAUGCAACUUCAACUCUUUUCACACUCAACAGUUUCCCGUGUGUAUCAAGAAUGGUCCACCACUCAAAGGACAUCCAGCCAACUGGACACAACUGUGGGAAGCAUUGCAGUCAACAUGGGCUAGUAUCCCUGUGGUACACCUUUCUACACCUUGUACAAUCCAUGUCCCGAUGAAUUGAGGCUGUUCUGAGGGCCAAAGGGGGGGGGGGGGUUCCACCUCAUGUUCCACCUCAGGUUCCCAGGUUCCUAAUGUUUCGUAUACUCAGUAUAUAUAGUAGAACAAGAGAGAGAGGACACACUAACAGAUAUACAACACACACACACACACACAGUGUACAUGCAUUGGAUCAAAUAUCUCACACACACACACUUUUCUGUACCCCUAGCAGUUCCAGAGACCCUUUCCUGCUUCACGCUUCAAUUUAGGCAUUAUCUUCAUCAUCCUCCUCUAAGGAUGAAGAUUAUUUACCUGCAUGCUAUGCCAGGCUACAUCUACCUACUAAUAAAUGUAUCUUAGAUGAUGUCAUUACUGUACUCCUCUCUGGGUUGAAGGUAGGGUGAGACUGUCAUUACUGUACCUCCUCUCUGGGUUGAAGGUAGGGUGAGACUAAGGAUUUGGGAGUUAUUUUUGCUGUUGUCUUCAGUACUAAAGUCCAGUCAGUUCUAUUAGCAGUAUUGAAGUAGUGAGACCUGUAAACGUGUCAGUUUGUCUGAGGUACUCUGCAGCGGUAAGAUUAUAUUGCUUUAACACUAUCGGUCAAUUAUACAUUUUAAUUAAAUGUAAAGUUUAUAUUGAUUGGAGGGUUUCUACUGAAGAUGUGACCAACAAGGAGGGGCUGGUAGCAAUGUAUUACCUUUCACUGGUACCAUUCUGAUUUGUCUGGGACGAAUUUCCCCCUUGGUUUGUUAGACAGAGCCUUACAACAAGGUUAACCUGUACUGGCUAAUAAAAUUAAUGUUUUAAAAACA